GAAACCAGUGCACAAAAUUAUACAUUUGCCGACGCAUGCUUAAUUAGUGAGUGAAAAAUGUACGAAAAGUGAAGAACGUGCGCAGAGAAUUAAGUCAAAAUCCACGAAAAAAAAGAAGAUUUGAGGAAUUCUUUCAGUAAAAGUCACAUUUUUCUUUCUCGUCAAAUUCAAGUGAACCAUUUUUUUUGUGUGAUUCAACCAGGGACUUUUCAGGAUAACCCAAAAGGAGAUAAUAAAUUUUGCUGAGAGAAAAAUGGCGACAACAAAGAAUGAUCAUCCAACCAAUGGCAUUGAUAAAUCGGUUAAGAAGUGCAAAAAAUGCGAAAAAGAUGUCUUCCAUAUGGAAUUACUGAAAGCAGAAAAGAGUUUCUGGCACAGAAAUUGCUUUAAGUGCUUUGAGUGCAAUAAACAACUUCGUAUGGAUACCUAUCAGAGUCACGAGGGUAUCCUCUACUGUAAACCGCACUUUAGGGCUCUUUUUGCUCCAAAACCAGUUAAAGAAGUCACGGAUAAUGUAGCGCCCCCGAAGAAAUAUGAAGUGAUCGUGCGGGAAAAUCAACCUGCUGAGUUGCCUCCAGAUGUCGUGAGAUCCAGUGAUAAGCCAAAUUUAGGACUGGAAGAGCUACAGACUAUUAAUUUGAGACAGAAAUACCAAAUGUUUGAGCAGGGCAAGGUAUUUAAGCGCCGGGAAGAACCAGAAGAGGAAGAAGAGUCUAGCGAGGAAGAGGGCGGUGGAGGCAAUAUGAGCCAGAGAUUGGGAUACAAGGAGAUGCGUGACAUUAGAAAAAAAUUCGAAGAUGGCCACUUGAGCCGAGAGGAAAGACGUGAGGAGCGCAAACAGGAAAUCCAGAAUAUCCGUUCAAGGCUCUUCAUGGGAAAACAGGCCAGAAUCAAAGAAAUGUAUCAGCAGGCAGUGUUAGAAAGUGAAAGUGGUACCAAUCUGGCCACGCCUAAGGAUGUUCCUGUAUGCCAGGAAGCUAAAAAUAUCCGAGAGCGCUUUGAAAAGGGUGAGGCAUUUGCCAAGAGUAAUCAAGUAUCGAAGGAGGAGGAUGUGAGUGAGCUAGUGGAGCAUGGAUUGGCUAAAAAGAGCCGAUCAAUUUUCAAGGAGCUCGAUGCAACAAAGGGAAUAACACCAUCUGCUGCUCGAAGACCAUCAGCUGAACUUCAUCGAUCCCCAUCAAGUGUCAAUGCUGCUAAUCAGCCCCAGGGAGAAAUUGUGCGUUCAGACUCGCAGGUCGACAAUGUUCAGGUGGAAACAUCUCAAAUAAGUUCACGCUUCCGAUUCUUUGAGACCUAUCGACCACAGGAACCGGAAAAGCGUCAAUUUCGCAUAACACCACCAAGAGAGGGCGUUGUUCGGAUGCCAUCGCCAGAGAAGCCAGAAUAUGCUGAUUGGCCAAAAGCACCAGAAGUGCUGGAAGAGACAGAAUCGAAGGCAACGGCCAAGCGAAUGCUAUCACUGUUCCGACAGAUGGAACUGAUGCAAGAUGACGAAGUAAUUGGGGAUGGUCUUAAAGGACCUAAGGAAUUCACGCCACCACCAAGCGCCACAAAUGGUGCUAGUGAAGCCGAAGAGAAUGCCAAGAGGGCAGCUAAAGCACGCGAACUCAAGUCUAAAUUCGAAAAUUGGGACUUUGAUGGCGUUCAAAGAACUAGCAGCAGUGCUAGGAUUAUGGAGGACAUGGAAGAGUCUCAGGUUGAAAGCACAAAGAGCCUUUCGGCCAAAUUUGAAUCCAUGCGGGAAACUAGUGCCUUUCGUCCACGUCAGAAUAUUAAAGUUAACAGAUUUGUGUAAUCCCUUGAAGGAGACGACUUUACUGAUACUCCAAUAUGACAAAAAUCUUUUAAGUAUCUUAACCAUUUACUAUCAUGUUCAGUUGUUCAUAAUAAAGAUAUAUCAUUGUGCUGACAGGACACUGUCGAAAAA